AAUCGCGAGAAGACAAAGAUGAUGGUCAUGGCUCUAAAUGCAGGAAUCAUAAUAAACACAGAUGAAGUGAUGAGCAGAAGUGUUUCAGGCUCCUUCCAGCGGUUUAAUCAAAGCGCAGCCGCGCGGCAGUGAUGAUGCGAUGAUGUCGACUCUCAGCAUCCUCCGCCACGAGUGACUGUGGAGGACCCACGGCCGACAGGGAGGGGUCCUUUCUUUCCUGUCGGAUGGAGCCCGGCUAUGUGCAGGCAGCGAUGGCUAUGGGAGAUGUUUCCAAGAGAGUUUCGUCUCGAAACGUAGCAGUGGAGAGAAAAAACCUCCUGACUGUCUGCAGGUUUUCUGUAAAGACCCUGUUAGAGAAGUACACAGCAGAACCCAUUGAUGAUUCAUCUGAAGAGUUCAUCAAUUUUGCAGCAGUUCUUGAACACAUUCUUAGUCACCGUUUUAAAGGCUCUAGUAGCUGGUUUGAUGGACAGAGGAGUUACUGGGACUAUAUUCGCCUGGCAUGUGCUAAAGUCCCCAACAGCUGCAUCAGCAGCAUAGAAAGCAUGGAAAACAUCAACACAUCCCGAGCAAAGGGUCGAGCCUGGAUGAGAGUCGCCCUCAUGGAGAAGAGGCUCUCUGAGUAUAUUGCAACUGCACUGAGGGACAGCAGGACAACCAGGAGGUUCUAUUCAGAAGGAGCCAUAAUGCUAAGAGAAGAGUCCACGGUGCUAACUGGGAUGCUCAUAGGUCUAGGAGCCAUAGAUUUUAGUUUCUGUCUGAAAGGAGAGGCCCUGGAUGGGAAAUCUCCAGCAGUGAUUGACUACACUCCAUACUUGAAAUUUACACAAAGCUAUGAAUACUUCAGUGAUGAUGAUGACGAUAGACGGAGUGUUGACAGCAGCUGCAGUGACGACAGCGUCCCCGAACACCCUUACGUCCCUCUGGUCACCGAUGACGAGAGCUGGAGCUCAAAGUGCCGCAAAAUGGAGCACAGGUUUAAGAUCGUCAACGCUCAGAAGGGUUACCUGGAGGAGCUUGUGCGAUUACGUGAGUCCCAGUUAAAGAACACAGAGGCAGAAAACAAGAAGCUGAAGACCAAACUGGAGGAGGUACAAAGCCAGAGCCACCGGGAAAAGAAGGAACUAGAGGCUGUUAUCCUGGAGCUGCAGGAGCAACUGACAAGCUUGAUCCCGUGUGAUUCUAACCACCUGGUCAAAAACAUGUCAAUCCCCCUCAUCAACCAGUGGCCAACCCUGGAGCCGUACAGCAUCCAAGAUGACAUGAAGCUGUUCCGCAGGAGGAGUUUCCCGAGCACAGAGCUGCUCUCAGCAGAGGUCAGCCUGGAUUCUGACUCCCAAAGAGUCGCAGGCAAACAGAACGGAGGAGCCUGGUGCACAGAAAAGGACUAUACCCCCUCCAUGAUGGGCCUGUGUGGGUCUUUGUCCUCUUUUCCAAGCACCAAAUCUCUGGCUAGCCUCAAAUCAAGUGAGUGCUUGGUCAAUAUCAGCACAGAGAACAGCCCUGCUCUGUCUCCCAGCUAGGGGGCACCAAAUAUACACUGGAAAAGCAGACAAUUCAGUAAAAAAACAAAAACAAGUGACUGCUCCUGGCUGAUGUGUGCUCUCAUCAGACCCUUUACCUUCACACUCUGAGCCUUUCUCUCUCUCGAUUAAAUCAAACGUGUGUGGAGGAGGAUCCUGACUGUCUCAGACUUUCCGGUAUGGAUGCAGAAAAAGCUGCUGUACUGCCUCAGUCUUCAGCUCCACUGUAUCUCAGAGCUGCUUUAUGCUUCACCUCUCUUACAUCACAGCGCUACACUCUGUGCAGAUAAAGUCCCGUAUCACCAUCAGUCAUCACCGUGCGUUCCUGUCCGUUGAGUCCAACGAGUCUGUGUCUUUAUCAGUUCGUCUGUGCAUUCUAUCUGUUGCCUUAAACAGGCAAACUGGCUGAGCUGCUGUAACAUUUUAGGGCAUAUAAGCUUCCUUUUAUCAUGGUUCAAUACACUAUUAUAAGAGAUUAGAGUGAGGUUAGAGCUUUUUUUUAUGAGCCUAGUGGUCCAUUGUGAAGAUUAUUUGAAUAGAGAAAAAAGAAACAGUGGAUAAUAUUCUGAAAAUAAAUGUCAAAAGUCUUGUUCAGUCAAACUCCAGGUUAGAUGCUGAUUGUAGGAGCUGAGAGGGGACAUGUGAGGCUGCCUCAGCAUCAUUACAAUGUGCGUUGAUACUAUGCAGGAUGAAUGUCUUAAAAACGUGAUCUGCCAUGUGUCUGUGUCUUUUCCCAAUAAUUAUCUUAAUUUAAUUUCCUGACUGGCUUCAUGAUGUUGGGCACUCUCCAUAUUUCCUGACAAGCACUGGUAGAUAUAUUUAAAAAAAAAAAGGUACAAAUACAUGUUACUUUGACUGCAGCAGCAUAAUCCAUUAUUUCUCUGUCUCAUUACAUUUUUCCUUGCAAUGUUUGAAUAAUCUAUCUUUUAAUAUAAGUACAUUGAUUCAAAGGGAAAUCUUAAGGUCUCACCCUGUCUAAUAAUUUGCAAAAUAAAAUUCUUGGCAAAUGGAGACCACUAGUCCCUUUAUUAUACAAAUUCACAUAUUUGGAGCAUUCACUGGGAGAGUUCCUUGAAACAUUCCUUUUUGCAACAUCUCUAUGGAUCCUUCAUAAUCCUCUGUCUCUUGUCAAAUUUUGGUAUUCAUGCAUUCCUAAGUCCUUUUGGGGGAAAAACAUGCCCACAGCAUCACAGAUCCUUUCCCAUGUUUAACAGUGGUGAAAAAUCACUGAUUCUGCAUACACUUAUUUCUAUUAUCUAUCCCAUCUGGAAUAUUUUUUGCUAAAAAGAUAAAUAUUUGGCCCAGUUCACCAAAGCAUAUAGUUCCAGUUAGUGUUUAGAUAAACUCCACAUGUUUGUGUUAGCGCUUGUUAGAAAGAAAGACGUUUUCCCUGGCAGAGUUUCCUAACAAACCACUUUGCCUGUAGAAAAUGUUUACUUUAAGACAAGAUAAAUAUGUUUUUUGUUUUUUAUCACUGGAGCAAUUGAUUUAAAUUAUGCCACAAAAACCUGAUCCUACAUUGAAAGACACAUUUUAUCGCAACAU